AUCGUUUCAGGGGAUCUGGGAAGAAAGCGUUUCUGGAGAAACUGUGUAGUCUCACACAUGCAUCACCUGAAGUAACUUAUCUUCAUUUUACGGCAUGAAUUAACUAAAGCUGAGAGAGGUGAAGUGACUUGGCUAGACUCCUACAGUUUAGUAAGUGGAAGAGCUGAGAUUUAAAUCCAGAUGAGCCUUCUCCAAAUGUCAUUCCUUUUUAGAAGAUAGCACCCUGCAAAAAACGAGUUGGAUUUAUUCUUCUUUUGAAAUAUUUGAGCAGUGAAUAUUGAGUAAAUUUCGAUUUGUUGGAAUUUUUUAAGGGGCACUAGGUGAAUCUACAGAUCUUCUAGUGAAGGUUAUGUAAAUAAAGCUGUGACUCCCUCUUGCAUAUUUUAGUCUUUCUAAAGGGGCCCCAGAUGUACAGGUUAGAAUUGCAAAAAGCCCAGACUGCAUUCAUAGGAGAUGAUCUCUGUGCAAGAGUUGCAGAAGAUGAUUAACUUCCAGGGAUCAGUGACAUUCCAGGAUGUGGCUGUGGACUUCACCUCAGAGGAGUGGCAGCUGCUUGACUGUGAUCAGAGGACCUUAUAUUGGGAUGUGAUGUUGGAGAACUUUAGAAACCUCCUCUCAGUGGGGGGUGCAGUUACCAAAACAAAAGUGAUCUUCAAGAUGGAGCAAGGACAAGAGCUGCAGGUGGUGGAGAGAGAGAAUCCAUGUUGGAGCCACCCAGAAGCUGACUGCCCAUUUAUUGAUGAAUCAGAGAAGCACCAGGAAAGCGAAGACAAUUUUUUGAAUUCAGUUUUGUUCACAUUCAGUAAAAUUCUGACUAUGGAGAGACUCCAUAGUUAUAAUAUGAGCACAGGUCAUAUUGGAAAAAAUCAUAUAAAUGCAAGAAAAAUAUCAUAUAAAGGCAAAUCACAUGGGAAGAGUUUGCAACCUACUUUAGACUUACUUAAUUAUAAUAGACGUUAUAAUGGAGAAAACCCUUAUGAAUGCAAGGACUGUGGGAAAGUCUUCAAAAAGAAGUUUCAUUUAAUUAGACAUGAAAAAAAUCAUACAAGAAAAGAACCCUUUGAAUGCAGUGACUGUGGGAAAGCCUAUAGCAGGAAGGCACACCUUGCAACUCACCAGAAAAUUCAUAAUGGAGAGAGACCCUUUGUAUGCAUUGAUUGUGGGAAAGCUUUUAUGCAUAAAACACAGCUCAUGGUCCACCAGAGACUUCACACUGGAGAGAAACCUUAUGAAUGCAGUCAAUGUGGGAAAUCAUUCACGUGGAACUCCUCCUUUACUCAACAUGUGAAAUCUCACACACUGGAGAAUUCAUUUGAAUGUAAGGAAUGUGGGAAAACCUUCAGGUAUAGUUCAUCCCUUUAUAAACACUCUAGAUUUCACACAGGAGAGAAACCCUACCAUUGUCUUGUAUGCGGCAAAGCCUUUGGCAACACAUCUGUGCUUGUUACGCAUCAAAGAAUUCACACAGGAGAAAAACCUUAUGGAUGUAUUGAAUGUGGCAAAGCCUUCAUCAAGAAGUCUCAUCUCCUUAGACAUCAGAUCACUCAUACAGGAGAAAAGCCCUAUGAAUGUAACAAAUGUGGGAAAACAUUUUCCCAGAAGUCAAACCUUAUUGUGCAUCAAAAAAUUCAUAUGUAAUAUUUACCUUAUAAAUAUGAGAAAGUCUUAGAUAUUAAAUGUCUUUAUUAAAUACAGAUUUCAUGGUGAGGAGAAAUCUAAGAAUUAGAAUGAAUUUGGAAAGAGUAGAUUUCCAUAAAAAGAUAAUCCCAAUCAUCUGGAAGUGAUGAUAAACUAUUUACAGAAAAGAUCACAGAAAUCAUUAAAUCAUAAGUAAUAGAGCGUAGAGCAUUGAAAGUAAGCAUAAAUUAAAUAAUCAAGGAAUCAGUGAAGACUACAUUUACUAUCCCUGAUUGUUUUAUUUUUAUAACAAAUUGUACAUUCAUGUAUGUGUGAGUAUAAAAUAUGUUUAUACAUAAUAUUAAAUUAUAUCUAUUGCAUUUCUGCAGUAAGUAUCACCAUUUUUUCUUCCAAUCCUAACAAUAACAUGCAAGGGAAAAACUGUGUUUAAUAUGAAGUAUGAAUUUCAGUAAUAUUUAUAUCCAUUUGCUGGCACUUUUAAUGGUCACAGCAGUGUUACUGAAUCCCAGAGUCUCUUUAAUUAUAAAACUUGUUAUAGGACGUUUUCCUAUGUAUGUAAACACGAAAACAAAAUUUAACAAGAUACCAAUUGAGGGGGGGAAAAAGCAGUUGUAUUCUGUAUUACAAUAAGCAUUCCAUUGAGGAAAAUAAGUAUUUAAAUAAGUAUGUAAAUAAAACAUUUGCAUGCUAACAUUCCUGUUCUUUUUCACUGAUGUGUUUACAUAAGGUAAGCAUAGCUCAAGUAUCUAACUGGAGCGUCAUCUAUAUUUGAUUUUAGUAAAGUAGGGUGUCAUAAUAUCUUGUAACUCAAGAAAUUGACACAGAUUUAUCUCCUAGGAGUGCCUGGACUUUUCUAUAUGACAACAUAGGCAGCAUUAAUCAAGUUGAAAAGAGCAAGUUUUUCUGCACAGCAACUUUGCUUUGGAAUGUGAUAUUUAAAAAUAUAUUUUAUUGAUU